AGAGGAUUCCGAUAUGUCAGAGACUUCCUCCCAUGACUCUUUCUAUGAUUCCCUAUCAGACAUUCAGGAAGAAAACAGGAAUGCUGACUUCUUCCCUGGGCUAUCAGCUUUUCUCAGCCAGGAAGAGAUAAACAAGAGCCUUGACCUGGCACAGAGAGCUAUAGCCAACUCUAAGACAGAAGAUUUUGACUCAGAAAAGGAAAUCUCACAGAUUCUCAACACCACUCCUGUAAGACUCCGUGAAAAUUCUUCCCGAAAGGAGACCAAAUUGGGUGAUCCUUCCUCCUCAGGAACACUUCCAGAUAACAGACCAGAAGGAAAAAUUGAGUGUAUCUCCUCACCUGGUUCAAAGAGGAAGCCUACCAUCUCGCCCCUGCUUGCCAGACCCAGCUAUAUCCGGAGCCUCCAGAAGGCUGAAAAACGUGAUGCAAGAACUCCCAACACAAGUGUAAAGCCCAAACCAGCUUAUCAAGGUACAGCUGGCCCCCAGAACCAGCUGUGUGACAAGGCAGCUAAUCUCAUAGAGGAGCUGACAUCCAUAUUUAGAAGAGCAGCAAAGCCAAGAAACAGAAGCCCAAAUGGCGAGUCCUCAUCACCAGACAGUGGGUACCUGUCUCCAAAAAAUCAGCCCUCAGCCCUGAUGAGCGCCUCAGCCAGCCAGAGCCCUACCGAAGACCAACGAGAGAUGGAGGAAGCGGAAAAGUUACCCAAGGCCAGGCGUUGCUAUGGAGCAGACCAGGACGAAGCAGUGCCGCUCAAUAGCAUUUCUCGCCCACAGCCCCAGAAUCCACUCUGCCUCCCAUCAGCUCCUCGGUUCAUCCAGAAGCUGAGGAGCCAAGAAGUGGCGGAAGGAAGUCAAGUUUAUCUGGAGUGUAGAGUCACUGGAAACCCAACGCCUCGAAUCAGAUGGUUCUGUGAGGGGAGGGAGCUGCACAACACUCCUGAUAUUCAGAUCCGCUCUGAGGGCGGGGACCUCCACACCCUGAUCAUAGCAGAAGCCUUUGAGGACGACACAGGUCGCUAUACCUGUCUGGCUACGAACCCCAGCGGCUCGGAUACAACAUCUGCUGAGGUGUUUGUUGAAGGUGCCAGUUCAACAGAUUCUGACAGUGAAAAUAUAGCUUUCAAAUCAAAACCUGGAGCUAUGCCACAAGCUCAAAAGAAAACAACUUCAGUUUCCCUGACAAUAGGAUCAUCGUCUCCAAAGACAGGUGUGACAACAGCUGUGAUUCAGCCAUUAUCUGUCCCUGUUCAACAAGUUCACAGUCCAACCUCGUAUCUGUGCAGACCUGAUGGAACCACUUCUGCCUACUUUCCUCCUGUUUUUACAAAGGAACUGCAAAACAUUGCAGCAUCAGAGGGCCAGGUGGUGGUUCUGGAGUGUCGGGUACGAGGGGCACCCCCUUUGCAGGUCAAGUGGUUCCGACAAGGGAGUGAAAUCCAGGAUUCUCCCGACUUCAGAAUUCUACAGAAAAAACCUAGAUCUACAGCUGNUCCAGAGGAGAUCUGUACCCUAGUUAUCGCUGAGACUUUCCCUGAAGAUGCAGGGGUCUUUACGUGCUCAGCAAGAAACGAUUAUGGAUCAGUAACCAGCACUGCCCAGCUGGUUGUCACCUCAGCCAACACUGAAAACUGUAACUAUGAUUCCAUGGGAGAAUCCAACAGUGAUCACUGCCAGCACUUCCCACCUCCCCCUCCAAUCUUGGAGACAAGUCCCUUUGAGUUGGCUUCAAAGAAACCAGCUGAGAUCCAGCAGGUGAACAGCCCAGAGUUAGGACUUGGCAUGGCAGCCCUUCAAAUGCAAUUCAAUUCUGCUGAGAAGGAAACUAACGGAGUCCAUCCCAACCAUGGAAUAAACGGACUGAUCAACGGCAAAGCUAACGGCAAUAAAUCUCUUCCAACAUCAGCUGUCCUGCUUUCACCCACGAAGGAGCCACCACCUCUGCUUGCCAAACCAAAACUAGGAUUUCCAAAGAAGGCCAACAGAACUGCUAGAAUUGCCUCUGAUGAGGAGAUUCAAGGCACAAAAGAUGCGGUCAUUCAAGACCUGGAACGUAAACUUCGCUUCAAGGAGGACCUCCUGAAUAAUGGCCAGCCGAGGUUAACAUACGAAGAAAGAAUGGCUCGUCGGCUACUAGGUGCUGACAGUGCAACUGUCUUUAAUAUUCAGGAGCCAGAAGAGGAAACAGCCAAUCAGGAAAUUGGGGCUCCUCAUGCUUCUGUAGGGAGUCUUCUGGAUGGUCAAAAGGAAUACAAAGUCUCCAGCUGUGAACAGAGACUCAUCAGUGAAAUAGAAUACAGGCUAGAAAGGUCUCCUGUGGAUGAAUCAGGUGAUGAAGUUCAAUAUGGGAAUGUGCCUGUGGAAAAUGGAGUGGCACCGUUCUUUGAGAUGAAGCUGAAACAUUACAAAAUCUUUGAGGGAAUGCCUGUAACUUUCACAUGCAGAGUGAUUGGGAAUCCAAAGCCAAAGAUCUACUGGUUUAAAGAUGGAAAGCAGAUCUCUCCGAAGAAUGAUCACUACACCAUUCAAAGAGAUCUUAAUGGGACCUGCUCUCUCCAUACCACGGCCUCCACCCUAGACGAUGAUGGGAAUUACACGAUUAUGGCUGCAAACCCUCAGGGCCGCGUCAGUUGUACUGGACGGCUAAUGGUACAAGCUGUCAACCAAAGAGGUCGCAGUCCCCGCUCUCCUUCAGGCCAUCCUCAUGUCAGAAGGCCUCGUUCUAGAUCAAGGGACAGUGGAGAUGAAAAUGAACCAAUUCAGGAGAGGUUCUUCAGACCUCACUUCUUGCAGGCUCCUGGAGAUCUGACUGUUCAAGAAGGAAAACUGUGCAGAAUGGAUUGCAAAGUCAGUGGAUUACCAACCCCAGAUCUAAGCUGGCAACUAGACGGAAAGCCAGUCCGCCCCGACAGUGCUCACAAGAUGCUCGUCCGUGAGAACGGGGUGCACUCUCUGAUCAUAGAGCCUGUCACAUCACGAGAUGCCGGCAUCUACACGUGUAUAGCCACCAAUCGAGCAGGACAGAACUCGUUCAGCCUGGAGCUUGUGGUUGCAGCUAAGGAAGCACACAAACCUCCCGUGUUUAUUGAGAAGCUGCAAAACACAGGCGUUGCUGAUGGGUACCCAGUGCGACUGGAAUGCCGUGUUUCAGGAGUGCCACCGCCUCAGAUAUUUUGGAAGAAAGAAAAUGAAUCACUCACUUACAGUACUGACCGAGUGAGCAUGCACCAGGAUAAUCAUGGCUACAUCUGCCUGCUAAUUCAGGGAGCCACAAAAGAAGAUGCCGGGUGGUAUACAGUGUCAGCCAAGAAUGAAGCAGGGAUUGUGUCCUGUACUGCCAGGCUUGAUGUUUACACCCAGUGGCAUCAGCAGCCACAAAGCACCAAGCCCAAAAAAGUACGCCCCUCAGCCAGUCGCUAUGCAGCACUUUCGGACCAGGGACUAGACAUCAAAGCAGCGUUCCAGCCUGAAGCCAGCCCAUCUCACCUGACACUGAACACCGGCUUAGUAGAAAGUGAGGACCUGUAAUACGACAUUCUUGUUAAAGCUGAAACACUGAAACAGCCUUGUCUUGACCAACAUAUUCCUUUGUCACACUAUGUAAAAGGCAAAAACAUACCUUUGACUAUAAGAAAUAAAAAAAUCUAAAUAGUUUUCUUAAUAAAUAUACCAAAUUUAGAGUUUAAGUAGGCAGUGCUAAUAGAAAGGUACACAUUGCAUAGUAAAUUCACAUUCAUCGUCCACUUUAAAACUUUCUACCUGAUGUGCUGAAAUGGUCUGAAAUGCUAACGGAUACCAGCUGUUCAAAGAUAACCACAAUUUGUAUUAUCAAAAGUGCCUUUAAACACUAGCUUUAGGUGCUACAUAGCACGAUAGCGUGGAAUGCUUAAAAUGAGGCAAUUGUACCACAAAUAAUACUAAAAUGAUUCUCAAGUGGCAGUGUACUCAGACAGCUACAGUGAACCAAGUGCAAUAUGUAAGAAUGAAAAAGGAAGAGGAAAUGGCAAAGAAAUCCAAGUAAAUGCCUUGUCUUUGCAAAUGGUUUUAAAGUAAAUCAUAAGGAAGGAAUGAAUUGCCUUAAUUUUAAUAAUAGCAAGAGUUUUCUAACAAGGUUAACCUUUUUUUUUACGUGUUAUAUUUUCAUGCUACCUUGGUAAAAACUUUAUUUACAACCCAUAUUAAAAGGCUAAUUUUAAUAAAGUAUUCUGAAUUAAGUAGAAAUAUAUUAGUCCAUUCCAAGAAAGGCAUCCAAACCAUCCAGAAGACCAAGGAAUAUAGAAUUUGGAGAAAACAAGUUUGGAAGAAGUGGAGAGAAUGAAGGAAAAGGUUACCGGCAUACUUCGUACAUUGUAUUCACUUAGAUAAAAGUAGAAGGGACAGGAGACAUGUAAAAGGCCAGGCUUUUCUUUGGUUUUCUUGAAAAUUAAAUCUAACAUGUAGGUGAAAAAACACUGCCAUUCACAAGUCAGGAGAUUUAGGUUCAGCUGGAAGUUUGGAGGCACAUGUGCUAUGGAAAUUAUAGUGUGUCUGAAGUUUGUGUAGUAGUUGAAUAUUUUAGAUGUUUAGAGCAAGUUGAAAAUGGACUGAGAAUGCAAGAUUGGCAUAAAUGAGAAACUGCCUGUAGCAUCUAGUCUACUUGAGGGAAAUGGAGAUUCAGGAAAGACAAAAACAGGUUAGGUUUGUGCCAUAAUGUAUUUUUUCAAUGGUACCAAGACAUGGUGAAUGGAAAAUAUUAUUCACUUACCUGCUGCCAUGAAACCUUAAGCCUUAAGAAGGUGCUGGGUCCUGAGUAGUUAGUAAAGACAUCUCAGCAAAGACUGAUUUUCAAAUGCACAUGAUUCUGCAUCAGCUAGACUGAGUUGAUUCUGACCAGACUUGAUGGUUUUAAGUCGGAGCCAAUAAACUUUAAAAAGGAGAAAAAACCAAUUUGGCCUAAUAUUAUAAAACCCGAGGCUUUAAUGGUACUUUGCCAUGAGAAGAAAACACUGUAUUCCUUAUGCAAAACACAUAUAUCUUUCAUUAUUUAUAAUAAAAAUGUUGAACUCUCUUAGUUCAGUUACUCAAUACGUAGUAUUUUUAAAAAUAAUUUUAUAUCUUUGUACCACCCCAUAUAUUUCAUAUUACUGCUUCACAUGUACAGCUUUCUACUUCUUUGUAAGAACACCAACCAACCAAGUUUUAAAUGAUUAAUAGGCUUGAGCACUGGGUGGUAGAUGUUCCAUGCAGAGUGGUACAAGUUUCUUUGACCACACUUAUGUGCAUUACUAACAUGGAAUUUAAGAUACCAUACAAAGUCCCUCAUGGACUUAUCUAUAUUGUAGUAUUAUGACUUAUGUCAUAUCUUACUUGCCAAAUUUUUCUAAAUGUGACUUUUUGCUAAUUUGCUGGGUUUGGGAUUAAGUAGCAUUAUUUUGCCACCUUUUAUGUUGUAUUUAUAAAAAAAAAAUAGUAUUAUCAUACUACUUUGGAUUGUUGUGCUGGUAUAAUAUGGAUUUAACAUCAAUAAAUAUUUAACAAAUAAUA